GUGGCUGUACUUGUGAUGCCAUGGGAGGCGAUGUCAGCCGUGGCAGGGGCGUGGCUCUUUGGCCAUGUGUUCUGUGCUAUCUGGGUCGCAUUUGACAUCAUGUGCUCGACAGCGUCCAUCUUGAACUUGUGCAUCAUCAGUGUGGAUCGAUACUGGGCCAUCGCGAGCCCAUUCCGUUAUGAGCGCAAGAUGACGCAACGCGUUGCCUUCGUGAUGAUCGGCGUGGCCUGGACGCUGUCCGUGCUCAUCUCCUUCAUCCCUGUGCAGCUCAACUGGCACGAGGCAGACGAGGACGAAGAUGCCAACAUUCUUGGAGAGUUUAACUUCAACGGAAACAUUAGCAAUGACAACUGUAAAGCUAACCUUAACCGCACAUAUGCUAUCUCAUCCUCUCUGAUUAGCUUCUACAUCCCAGUGGUGAUCAUGAUUGCAACAUAUACACGGAUUUUCCGCAUCGCGCAGACACAAAUUAGACGCAUUUCCUCACUGGAAAGAGCAGCAGGACACGACUGCAGCGGAGAGAAUUCAAACUCACUGAAAACGGCUUUCAAAAAAGAAACCAAAGUCCUGAAGACGUUGUCCGUCAUCAUGGGCGUGUUUGUGUGCUGCUGGCUGCCGUUCUUCGUGCUCAACUGUGUGGUGCCGUUCUGCCAGUGUGUCAGUGACACCACCUUCGCUGUCUUUGUGUGGUUCGGCUGGGCCAAUUCCUCACUCAACCCCGUCAUCUACGCCUUCAACGCCGACUUCCGCAAAGCUUUCUCCUCCAUCCUGGGCUGCCACAAACUGUUUCCCAGCACAACCGUUGAGGCCGUGAACUUCAGCAACGAGCUUGUGUCUUAUCACCAUGACACGACGCUGCAGAAAGAAGCUCCGCCUCCAGUUCCACCCAAAGAGGAAGAGCGUGCACUGCGGGCUCAUCAGACUUCCUCUCUGAGCUCCUCCUCUUCUUGUGACGGAGUGGGUGGAAUGUUCCGUGAUCACACACGUGUGCUGCUGCCCAGUGUGGGACGGUGCGAGUGUGACGCAGAGAUUUCGCUGGACACCAUCACGCCCUUCACCUCCACCGCCAUGAUGGAGUGUGGCGGGAUCCCGGGUCAGCUCAUCAACGAGUGACGGCCAUCCAUUAUCCAUCACUGUGGAGAGGAAGAAUGCAAAAC